ACUACUUUCUGGAAGUACAUAAUGUCAAACUGCAAUAUCCAGCCCAACCACUUCUAAAAGUGAACAACUUGCCUGGCAAUGUGCACAACUAUUUACUGCCCCGUUCAACAGACUUGCCAAGCGCGUCGAAUGGCAUAUCGACUAACAAGCUGCCACCCGAACUUUGCAUUCUCUUACAACCAGAAGUUGACUACUCCAUUGUGGUGUCUGUGAUGGUCCUGCCUUCAGUCAUCUACCGGUUACAAUGUCUAAGUUCUGCUGCACAGCUAACGAAACUCGUGGGGAUCCACAUAUCUACAACCACGAUGUUGAUGGCACUGACUGCUGCGAGCUGUAAUGAAGGCUUUUCUCUUGAGAGACUCGAGCUUUUAGGCGACUCAUUCCUCAAAUUUGCACUGAGCUUCCACUUGGUCUCUGAAUUUCCAGAAGAACGAGAAGGCUUUCUUUCACAAAAGCGUCAAGAGCAGAUCUCUAACAGCAAUUUGCACAGGCUUGGUGUACAAAGAAGAUUGGUGACGUACAUCAGAGAUGGGCAGUUUGAGCCAACGGAUUGGAUUGCACCGGUCCCUUGCUCUUCUUUGGCAAGUCACGAAAAGAUUUUAGGACGGAAGUUAUGUGACAAAGGUCAUCGUUGGCUGCGAAGAAAAUCUGUUGCAGAUGUAAUGGAGGCCAUCAUCGGUGCAUACAUUACUGACAACUCCGCUGAUGCUGCCUAUCACUUCAUGACCUGGGCAGGAUUUAAGCUGGUUGACAGGUGUUUAGUACCUGUGUUCUCAUGCCAAGCUUCUGAAGUUGACGAUAUCUGCAAUCUAGAAAAGAUAAUCGGCUAUACCUUUCGGAACAAAUGCUUCCUUGUUGAAGCGUUCACUCAUGCUUCUUCCAGCGUUCGAUCAUAUCAGGUAGACGACUAUCCCAACUUGCAACCGGGACUUCUCAGUGAUCUCAAGGCUGCUACAGUAAACAACGUUUGGUUCGCUUUCGUUGCUGUGCGCCACAACUUUCACAAGUAUCUGCGUCACAACCAUAAGAAAGAGAUUGACGAGUAUCUCCUGAACAAAAAUGUGCAAUGUUUCGAGGACUGGAAGCUUGAGCAACCGCCAAAGUGUCUCAGUGAUUUAGUGGAAUCUCUCGCGGGAGCUUUGUUAUUUGAUACGGGUGGUAAUCUGGAAAUAGUGUGGAGCAUAUUGGAGCCCCUUCUUCGCCCGAUAGCCAGUCUCGAGAGCUUGGCACUUCACCCAGUCCAAGAGCUUCAGGAGCUAUGCCAGCUGAAAGAAAUUUCAGCUCCAAGCUACAACGUUGGAACUUGCUCGGUGACAUUGGCAGACGGAGGCUUAGUCACAGGACAAGGCUCCGGAGGAGCAAACAAAAAGCUUCUCAAGAAGCAGUCUUCUGCCGAUGCCUUGGAAAAACUGAAGGCUUUGGGAUUUCAACACCCACGGCACGAACUCCUUCAUGCUAUUCAGGCCGAGACACACAUAGAGGCCUCAAAGGUCAUCAUAAACAACGGUUUGAACUUCAGUGUCCCCGUCGUUACACAGUGCAUUGCAUCCUUCGUACCACCAAUGUCGAGCUCGAGUUCUUCUACAGAAUCGGAUCUAUUUCGGCAGGAAAGUCUUCCUCCAGACCAUGACUUGCCUUCCGAUUUAGAACUUGUCGACACUGAACACGAGUCAGAUGUUCUAGCAGCAUCACUUGCGGAAGAGUUAGGUCUCGACGAUGAUCUCCUCGAGAAGCUUUGCAGUGCUACAGCUUCGUCUACUGUUCCUCCUAGACACGAAGGUGGUGGCAGUGAUUCUUUUGUUGCUGGAGCUCCACGAGCAGAGCUUCAAAUUCUCUGCCAAAAGAGACGGUGGCCGGAUCCCGAGUACAUUAUUUGCGAGGAGAGUGGUCCUCCUCACAUGAAACAUUUUGCUUUGGCUGUGACAAUCAGUUUUCCAAUCGAUGGACCCGUGACAUUUUAUGGAGAGCCCCAGCGAGACAUGAAGCGGGCCAAAGACUCAGCAGCCAACGCUGCCAUCGCUUAUUUGAAAAAGCUCCUUUCAUGAUUUCUUGCGGCAUCAUCCAGUGGCUACAAGCCUCAUUUGAUACAAUCUAGUGAUCACUUCCUCCGUUUGAUCUUUCGUGAGCAAUGGCGUGCAUUGAGGUGGCGCCAGCUGCCGCGAGCGAUCCAUUCUCUUGCAAAGACGAAGGUGCCACUGCUGUUGCUACAAAUCUUCUUCCCCUGCCUCCGGAGUUCGUGGAUUUUCUUCUCGGGCAGAUUGUUCUACCACGCGGCUCAAAUGCUGCGUUACUUCAGAGUAAAGCCGUGGGGAGUUAGUGAAAGAACUUGAGAUCAAAGUCGAGCCUGUUUCUUGGCUAUGUUUCCAGUGUUCUCACUGGCAUCGUCCAGUGCCUACAAGUCUGGAAAGAUUUACGGUAUGGAUGCGGCCUCCGGGGCUGCUGUUGCAGCACCUGAUAUACAAUCCGGUGAUCACAUGUGCAGCUCCUGAGGUUUUGGUGUGGGGGCUGGAACACUAACAUGAGUUGAUAUUUCUCGCUAUCGCCUAGCAUCCUGUCAGACCAUGCUCCAAAAGUAUGGGUUUGGUAGUCGAGUGAGGCUUUUUUUUGCCAAUGGGACAAUGGUUUCCAUCUUGCCAGCAUAAAAAACAACUCUUUCUCGGGUU